AUGGAGGCGGCAUUGCAGGAGGUGGCUCCAUACAUCAACGAACUGACAAAUGACAACCCAUCGAGUGCCGACGAUGCGCAGACGAAGACGAAACUCGCUGCCAUUUUGAAGCUUCUCAUCGAGAAGGACUUGGCCUACGUCAGCUUUGUCUUCCCCAAGAAGAUGGGCUGCCACGUGCGGAACAGGUGCGGGAUCGGCCUCGACCCGUGCGACGUCCACGACUUGUUGGCGCAGAUUCUGUUGGACGGCUUUGUGCUUUCGGAAACUAAGAACGCCAUCGCGUUCGAGGUGAACCCCAAAGACGACGCGCAGUGGUUGUUCAACGAUCACCUGGCCAAGAGUUCCAACGGCAUGCUGAGGCCGCUCCUUAAGGAGGACAUGUCCUUUGUUUCUGUGUCUUGCUCCCACACGAAUGGGGGCCUCAACGCCAUCGACUACAAGUGCAGCACCACCGUCGAGGCCGCUGCCACGAACGGGAAGCUUGCUAUCGAGAAGGUGAACGCCAUCAACCCGCCCUACGCGGCAGCAGUGUCGUCGGGGCUCGAGUGGACGAUCAUCCGCUGGCAAGUGGGGCAUCAUUGCCCUAACCUGGCCGACUUCAUCCAAGCAGCGGCCAACCGAGGGCACAACACUAGGCGGGUCACGACGGACGUCCAGGCGCUGAUGCAGAUGCAUCGGCUCGGCGCUCGCAACAUGCAGGUACAGCACGCGUUCAUGUGGGACAUGGUCGCGAGACACGUCGAGGGCCAGCAUUCCCAUUUACGUGGCCACGCGCGUGACAUGUGCUCGUUCGUGGAGAAGUGGAGCGGAGGCAGCGACGCGCCGCUCUUGAGGAACCUCGACGAGUGGUGCAAGACGCUGCAGUCACGCCGAUGCGUUCCAGGAUCGGCAUUCAAAGUCCUGGCCAACUUGGACCUGAUAAGCUGCCCCGAGACGAUCUACUCACUCUUGAAAGCUGCGAUCAAGUCGCCAGCGAAGUUCGUCACCCCUGGCACCAACAUGAGCAGGCUCAUCAACGGUAGUGAUUGCAACGCCUUGGCGACUAAGCAGCGCGGCUUGUGCAUCCAGCUGUCCACCAUGAUCAAGGCUGCUACAGCCUGGUUCGGUGAUCAUGCUCAGAAGACCGAUCCUUCGCUCAAGCGGUCGGUCUUCGUCCAGGAGCUCGGGGCCAUGGAGGUCAACGGAGUCAUGAUGACGAUGAAGAAAGCCGCUCCUGGCGUGCAGGCUUACACGUCGCUCGAGGCUGUCGGCGCCGACUUCUCGGCCAGAAUCUACGAGCUGGCCCCCAAGACGAAGGAUCUGGAGCCGCCGUUUUCUCCCGAGAAGCCCCAGCCGAAGAAGAAGGGGAGAAGUCCUGGCGGCUCCACUGGCUUCACAGAGCUGGCGGACGGCAUCGACGGCGGCCGCCUCAAGCAGCUUGGCCUCAUCAAGGGAGCUUCCGUUUCGCUGAAGACGCCCCUGGAGAAGGGUGAGGGCGACAAGUACAUCAUCAAGUGCAUCGUAGAUUCGCAGGUGAGACUUCUGAGCGAGAGCGACGUCGAGAAGGCGGAUGGGAAGAAGCCGCCCGUCAUGAAGUCCAAGUCCAAGAAGAGGGGCAAGUGCGGCGAUGACGAGGCCGACGAGGACGACAUCGAGGACGGCACGGACGGCUCCAUCAAGAUCUCCACUGGGGACUUGGUGGACCUCUACAAGGACCACGCCGAGAUGUCGCUCAUGGCCACACAGGCCCAGCUGAGGCUGGCCUUGAUGCACGCCUACAGGAUUGCGAGCAAGUCUGUCAACCUGCAGGUCACUUACGCUGUGGACCCUAAGGUGGAAGUCCAUAAGCGGGCGCUCAAGAAAGACCCGCUGGUGAUUCCAUUUUGGAACGUCCCCGCAUCCGACUCGAAAUCUGAUGUAAAUAUGACGCCGUGCACUAUCAGGAUCGAGGUGCAGCGGACCACGCUGGGUCUUGCGAAGGACGGCGCGUGCAAGAUCGAGGUUCCUAUCCCCGCUUUGUGGAAAACAAAGCCAAUUCAGCAGGGUGCCAAAUUGUACCGCCAGCGCGCCGAGGCUGCGACCACUUCGAAGGAGAGUGCCUCCCCUUCUGGGUCUAGCAGCAAGAAGUAG